AUGUCAAAUCUUUUUGAUGGUAGCAAAGGGAAAUUUUUAAAGUUAUCACAUAACUCAAAACAUGAAAAACUUUUUAAAGAAAUAAAAUAUGUUGACAGUUGCAAAGUUUUCUUAAAUACUUUCAAUGUUCCAUUUAUACUGAAUAAUGUAUUGGGGAUACUUGGAAAACCAAAGAACCUUGCAAAAAGCGAUGACAACAAGUUUCGAAAACAGCAAACAAUGAACAAAUCGAGCAGACAAACGACUUGGUCACAUUUCAUGUUGAAGCAGAGAAUUUAUUACUCUGUCCAUUGA